CACCAUUGGGUACAUCCUCAGCACCCGGGUCACUAGCUACACAUGAGUCCGCAUCAUGAAUGAACAGCAUAUGCAUCUCUGAUUCCUACUCUACAGUCUCCCGAAAAGAAAAACGACAAGCCAAAGUGGAAAAAUCAGACGUUAAGCUUGAUAUUUGAGACGAGUGUGGCAAUGACAUCAUUUUAAUAUUUGUAGAGUCCGAGUCAGUCUUUUGAAAAGAACUGAGAUGCCUGUACGCUACCGCUGGCGCUUUUAUAGUAAGUAUGUUGAUGACUGACAUAUAUGAAAGAAAAACAUAGCUAGAAUAUUGCAGGACGCGAGCCGACGUCACUGCAUCACUCGCCCUUCAAGCUGUCCAUUUUAGCUUGUGCUCGGACGUAUCACUCACUCUCUGUAGUUAAUUUCGAAUAACCUGAUCCUUCGCUCACUUAUCUCAUCAGAUCUCUCUUGCGCCUAGAUGGCAAAGCAAAAACUUGAACAGAGGCUUGGCGAGAUAUACACAUCAUCUCCGCUUUAUCUGCGCAAUUUGUUCGGUUUCCUGCGCUCCGGCACUCGACCUACAAACGCGCCCCCAUCAAUUCAGCUCCGGCCCCGGCGUUUAAACUUGAAUUUGAGCUUGAGCUUACUUCCCGUAAAACUUUCCAGGCAUCCCGUCGUCGUAGCCCCUUGCCGUGAGGAAGACAGAUACGGCAUGACCCACGAGACUGACGCAGAAGCAGAAGAGGCUAUGCGACGUACGAACAGCAACACAGCCAACAGUUCAACACAGCAAGGACAAGUUGUAGCAGGGCCACAAGGGUCCUGCGGACGACCAGCACAGAUCCUUCCAUCGGGUUAUCAUGGAGGCCAUUGUGGUGCUUCUGCGAAAACAUUCCUCGACGCACACGAGUCAACGCAAGCACUUGAGGACGGAAGAGCGGAUGUAGUGGAGGAUUCGAUGGUGAAUCGGGGAGCACAAAACGCUAACGCACAAGAUAACAGUUCCGCAAAUCCAAGAGCGUCUCAGAUCGCACAGAUGAUCACGAACGAUAAUUUCUUCGGCAAGGCUGACACAUCGGAAGAGCAAGGGAAACCGGAUAAUAGACAGGGAGCGGUGGAAGGUGGACGACGAGGAAAUCUUGAUAGGGUACUCCAGAAUGCCGAGAAAUGGUAG